AUGGAGAACAACAACUACAUCAAUUUCUUCUUAAACACAAAUUGUGGGUUACUCAUAGGUUCUUGUUUUGCAAGAUACGUUAUCCUCCGUCCUAAUGGUACAACAAGAAAAUUACCAUGGAGAAGAGAAACAAAAAGAAGGAAGAAGGAUGAAAUCAAAGUGUCACUACUCCUGGAUUUGCACGACUCAACGUUAGACUGCAUCUUAGAGAAGCUCUCUGCAUCUGAGCUAUGUGCAAUGGCUUGUGUUUGCUCUGAGCUAAGGGAUAAAUGCGUGAGAGAUCAUCUCUGGGAGAAGCAAACGAAGAAGAAAUGGGGGAGACUAAUGGGUGCUGCAGCGAUUCAAGAAUGGAAAUCUCAUGUCUCCGCCAUGUUAAUGGGACGUCCCAGUUGCGGCAAGAGACGUCGUUCAUCAUAUCUACUACAGUAG